AGGAAGCUUGGCAGAACAAGUCUGGAUCACGCAGCACAUCUGGAAACAGUUUAUGAGACUGCCUGACUUUGCCAGUGCAACGGCUGAAUCCCAAGCAGCUCCACAGACGUGGAAAGAGGAAACCAGAGCCACUCCAAAGGAGACUUGAAGGGGGCCGAAAAAGGAAUUCCCCUUUGGAAAGACGAUAUUGAUUCUGUGGGGCUCUUGCCCAUGGGCUUUCCGAGGGGAUUCAUGGACUAAGCAGCUGUAGCAUGAAGGGCAGCAGAUUGGGGACUACAAGGAAGUAAAUACUCUCAGCCUGCAGCACUUCAGAAAAGAGAAAUACCAAAUAUUGCCUGGCAUUUUCAAGAUUCCAGUUUUUUAACUAAACGAACACAUGGCUCUGUUGCGAAAAAUUAAUCAGAUUUUGCUAUUGCUUCUUGUUCUGAGCCUCUGCAUGAUUCUGUAUAAUAAAGUUCGUAAGGGAUCAACUCUGAAGAAUGAAACAGAUAAUUCUGAGAGUCCAGAGGAAUUGGAAGAAGAAAUUCCUGUGGUGAUAUGUGCAGCUUCAGGGAGAAUGGGAGCAGCAAUGGCCGCCAUAAACAGCAUCUACAGCAACACAGAUGCCAACGUGUUAUUCUAUGUGAUCGGGAUCAAAAAUACUCUGCCACGAAUCAGAAAAUGGAUUGAGAACUCCAAACUGAGAGAAAUAAAGUUUAAAAUUGUGGAAUUUAACCCGCUGGUGCUCAAAGGGAAAAUCAGACCUGCUGCAUUACGUCCUGAACUACUUCAUCCUCUGAACUUUGUCCGAUUUUAUCUUCCCCUGCUUAUCCAAAAACAUGAGAAAGUCAUAUAUUUGGAUGAUGAUGUCAUUGUGCAAGGUGAUAUCCAAGAACUGUAUGAUACAAAGUUGACCCUGGGCCACGCAGCAGCUUUCUCAGAUGAUUGUGAUUUGCCUUCGACCCACGAGAUGGUUAGAAGUGUAGGAAUGCAGAACACCUAUAUGGGCUACCUGGACUUCAGAAAGAAAACAGUUAAGGAUCUUGGAAUCAGCCCCAGCACCUGCUCCUUUAAUCCUGGUGUGAUUGUUGCUAAUAUGACAGAGUGGAAGCAUCAGCGCAUUACAAAGCAACUGGAGAAAUGGAUGCAAAAAAAUGUGGAGGAAAACCUCUAUAGCAGCUCCCUGGGAGGAGGGGUAGCCACUUCACCAAUGCUUAUAGUAUUUCAUGGAAAAUACUCUAGCAUCAAUCCAAUGUGGCACAUUCGACACUUAGGCUGGAGCACAGAAACCAGAUACUCUGAACAUUUUCUUCAAGAAGCUAAAUUACUUCACUGGAAUGGAAGACAUAAACCAUGGGACUCACCUAGUGUUCAUACCAACCUGUGGGAAAGCUGGUACAUUCCUGAUCCGUCAGGGAAAUUUAAACUCAAUCGCCAUGAGAGCUGAUACUGAAAUACCUUUCAAUAUUCACUUAAAAUAUUAGUUCGGAGCAGGCUCGUAAGUGAAUUUUUCUACAUUCUGGUUUGACAAAUGAUAGAUAAUUCAUCUGGAUAAAAAUACAGCUAUUGUGCGCAUUGUACUACAUAGUAAUUCAUUUAUGGCCUUAUCCCCAGCCACAGAGUUAUUCAGCGCUUAAAACAGUGCUUUGCACAUAGUAAGCGCUUAACAAAUACCAUCAUUAUUAUUAUUAUUAUUUUGUGGAAACAAGUAUCCUCAUUAAGUUCAUUAGUUGCACUCUGAAAGGGAAACUUUGGAAAAAUUAGAUUAGAGAACAAAUAUUUCAACAGCCUAGAGGUUUUCUUUCUAGUUUGUCUCUAGUCAUUUGCAGACCUAUUACUUUCAAAAUAUCGAUAGUUAAUGGCAUUUCUUCAAAUCCUAUAUGCAGUGCAAUUUAGAACAUUUUAAAUAGUGGAAGACGUUUGCUGGCUAAUUACUCAAAAUGGAGUGAGCACGGGAAGAGAAACAAAGAAAAUAUGCCAAUAGUUAACACUGAAGGAAGAGACGUC